UUAUGUAGUUUGUAGUCUGUUGAUUAUGUGAUGGACUUGCUUCUUUACAUUCUUCUUUACUGAAUAUGUUGUUUGUAGUGAGCAGACGAAGGCAAGGAGCAGCCAAAACGAUGCCAUUCGGAAUUUACAUUUCAUUCGUUGUAUUCCUUGCGCUGAAUCUUGUAACAGGAUCUUCAAAUUCUGAGAACCAGACCAAAGCAAACCUAUACCAAAAUAACUUUGAGAUACCGUGCAGAAAGCCUUACAGAUUACCUUUCCGCCAAUUGGAGUGGUGCACCUGUCCCACAAUAGAAAACUGCACAUCCUGUUUCCACAUGAAUUUAAUCGCUUACAUCAAAAACAAUACCACUGUGUUGGUUGAUUUUCAAGGAAAGUACGAGGUAGAUAGUAGAGGAACCUUGAAGAUUCCCAAGGUAUUACCCAAACUUGAUGGCAUGGGUUACCUUUGCAGGGUUGAGUAUUACUUAAUUGGAUGGAGAGGAAAAGUUAGAGUUCUGGAAAUAGCCAAAGAGUCUCCAAAAAUAAGUCAAGGUCCCAGAAUUGUCUGUGUUCUGGAGGAGGCGAAAUUUGUUUUGAAAUGUGAAGCUGUUGGUUUUCCAAUACCAAACAUAAAAUGGACUAUCAAUGAUGAACUUCUUCAAAACCAGACUGGGACAGAAUGUACCUACGUCAAAGAAAAGUCCACAAAGAAUGACGCGGGAUCGUACAUCUGCCAAGCAGAAAAUUCUUUAGGAUCUUACAACCACACUGUGGAAGUGAUAGUGUUACCUAUUCAAAGUUGCUGGUCCUCUCACUCGGACACCUCAAGUACUUCACGUCCACGUUCUUCAGGUUAUUUCCCAAGCUCACAUGGUCCCAGCCCUCCAGCUUCUUCUCCCUCAGGUGAAAGCUGCAAACAGGUGGAUUUUUUUACAGCAAUAAAGAAUCCCAAAGUCCUUACACUUGUAGUUAUUCUAUUAUCGUUGUGUUCUGUCCUUGUAUUGGUAUUGAUAGCGAUGUGUUGUUGUAAGCAUUGCCCAGAUCGAGGGGUGCGAUGUUGCUUUGGUUGUGCUAUCUGUAAAAAUUCUAUCGGAAGAGGCAGCGGCGGUCAUCCGGACAAUACUGAGAUGCUUGUGGUCAGCGGCGGGCAGGCUGUGUCAAUCAACCGCGAGCAAUCAUUUCAUCCUCAAAUGCCGGCAGAACGUUUAUGAAGGACUACAAAAACUCUAUUUUUUAAGCAGAUAAUGGGUGUAAAUGUGUUCACUCCUAAAGUGCCUAUAGUCUGUCAUUUUAGUUUCUUUAUCAGUUAUUUAUUUCUCUCUAACCUCACUUGGCAUGGAUUAUGUUUCCAUGCUUGUUUUUUUUUAUCCUAAUAUAGCUAAAUUAGUGACACGUUUCUAUCCAAGAAAGGAAAUGGAGUUAUUGAUGUCAUUCACUGACUGUAAUUGAGAUUCCAUUGCAAAGCUGAUUUCAUCUUAUCAAUUUUCGUUUGUGGAUGACAAGUGCUUAUAUUGGUAGCAUUGAUAUUUAAAACCAAAAGAGACAAACAAACAAGCAAACAAAAUAAAAUACAAAAAGAGAGAACAAAAUAUUAAAAUUGAAUGCUUAUGUUUUUGAUCAGUACUUUUUUUAUGCAUGUUUGUUUUUAAAGCGUAUAAGUAUCUGAUACACUGGAGCAGGCUUUUGUGCUGCAUGUUUGUAGUACUCAUGAGUAGUUUUGCCACAAUAGACAUUUAAAAAGCAAGAGUUUUUUUCAAAAUAACCUUAGGCAGUCAAGGUUAUUUGAGUACCCUAAUUAUCAAUGAGAAUUUUUAUGAAAGCCGACUGAACAUAGCUCUAUGUGAGAUUGAAGAAAGUUUAAACCGAUGGUGUUUAUAAAACUGUUUUUUUAAAAGAAAAGAGGUUGAAAAUAAAAUAAGCUACCUUGCA